AUGUCCAAAAGCAAACUAUCGUCACUGUAUAACCAUGGUACUACCGUCUCCUUAAAUGCCAAUAGAGGCUCUACCACCACCAUUGGCAGGGUAUUAUUUAUAUUCACCAGUUUCAUCAGACUAGCCCACUCGAUUCCAGUUCAUAUCAACAGUGCUGCUGUUGCCUCAUCAAAGGAAGAUUCAGUCGGGACUGCUCAAACUCCUGAACAAUUUUAUGUCAAUUUAUUCACAUCUGCUUUUCUUGUUUUAGCUGGUGGUGUAUUUGCUGGUUUAACCUUGGGGUUAAUGGGACAAGAUGAAGUUUAUUUGAAAGUUAUUUCAUCAAGUGGUGAACCAUCUGAACGGAAACAUGCAAAAAAGGUAUUGCGGUUAUUGGGAAGAGGUAAGCAUUGGGUUUUGGUUACGCUAUUGUUAUCUAAUGUCAUUACUAAUGAAACGUUGCCGAUUGUGUUGGAUCGUUGUCUUGGAGGUGGAUGGCCCGCUGUUGUUACGUCUACUGUAUCGAUUGUCAUUUUUGGUGAAAUCAUUCCUCAAUCUAUUUGUGUUCGGUAUGGUUUACAAGUGGGGGCAUUGUUUUCUCCAUUUGUGUUGUGUUUGAUGUAUCUUAUGUAUCCUGUUGCUUAUCCUUGUGCUUUGUUAUUGGAUCACAUAUUGGGUGAAGAUCAUGGUACUGUUUACAAGAAGUCGGGUUUGAAAACCUUGGUUACUUUACACAAGACUAUGGGUGUAGAGCGAUUGAACCAAGAUGAAGUUACUAUUAUUAGUGCUGUGUUGGAUUUGAAAGAAAAAUCUGUCAGUUCUAUUAUGACCCCAAUGGAUAGAGUGUACACCAUGAGUGCUGAUACUAUAUUGGACGAAAAGACAGUGGAGGAGAUUUUUAAUGCUGGGUUUUCGCGUAUCCCUAUCCACUUACCAGGAGAACCAGAUAAUUUUAUCGGUAUGUUUUUGGUUCGAGUUUUGAUUAGUUAUGAUCCUGAAGAUGCAUUACCUGUGGCAGCAUUCCCCUUGGCUACAUUACCUGAAACCGGAGUUGAUACCUCAUGUUUAAAUAUUUUGAACUAUUUCCAAGAAGGUAAAUCGCACAUGAUUAUUAUUAGUGAAACACCAGGCGAACCAACGGGUGCAAUUGGUGUAUUGACCUUGGAGGAUGUAAUCGAAGAAUUGAUUGGUGAAGAAAUUGUUGACGAAUCGGAUGUUUAUGUUGAUAUCAACAAGAAUAUCAAAAGGAAACAACCGGGUCCAUUAUCUAAAAGACACUUGACUUCUUAUUUACAUAAUUUGUAUCAAAGAAGUGGUGCUGCUUCAAAGAGAAAUUCUUUGGAAUCACAAGAUCCACUACCAGAUUUGCGCACAAGAUUAGAAAGACAAGGAUCUCAAGCAACUGUCAUUUCUUCAACACCAAAGAAUAAGGGAAAUGUCAAGGCUACUGAUCAAGAGUUAACUGCAACUGGUGCCACCACCAAUGGUCCGGCUGUAACAACAGGAAAUUCAGCAGUUGCUGCUGCUGCCGCUGGUGCUAAAUGGAAGAUUCAAAAUCCCGCCAUGAAUCCAUUGGAGACCAGUAGAAAGUUUGUUACUAUCAAGAGACCUGAUCAAGGUAAACUUGAAUCAGUUGCCAAAGCAGCAUCUCCAGCACCUCCAGCACAACCACAAUCUAUCAACAAAAAUAAAUUAGUUGGCCAAGUACAUACUACUGAACAAGGAGCUAUUGAUGAAGCACAAAGAAGGUCGGUUGAGUUACGAGACAGUACUGAUGAUAAAACAUCUAGUAGGUUUUUAUUGCCUAAUGAAAGAGAAGCUGAUGUGUCAGAAUUACCCGAUGGUGAUGCAGAUAAUCACCAUCAUCAUAAUGAUGGACAUGUGAAUAUCCCUAUACCGAAAGCCUCAACAAGAUUAAAUGGCGACGGAUCUGGUAUUACCAUUACUGAACAUCAAGAAUCAAGAUCUUAUAGAACUGGAGGUAUUAUUGAAUCAGUAGUCAACGUUGACGGGGUUCACAAGACUAUUAUUGAAAAUGUAUCUGAUCAUGACGAUGAUGGGGUUGAUGUAUUGGAAGCUUCAAGUAUUUUAUCUGAUCAACUGAAAAAGAAACAUAGGAAGAAAAAACAAAGAAGAACCAGCUCAACUAGAUCCGAUUCUUUUAGUAUGAGUAAACUCAGUGAUGAUGAAGAAAGUGUUUCUUUAUUGAAUGGCGGAACUAGUAGUAGUAGACAUUCAUCAGGUAGUGAUAAUAGCAAGUCCAAGAAGAAGAAUCGAAGAUUGAGUGAAACCGGUCAUAAUAAUAACAGUGCGUGA